AUGGCAGUGUUGCCCUGCAACUACCAAGCGGAGGCCCUAGGGUCCAAACAGCUGACGGCUCUCCAAGACUGCCUAGUUAAUGCCCUAUGUACUGACAAAGGCUACACUGGCGCCUUCAACGGCAUUUUCUUUAAGGGCGGUAUGCUGCUGGUCGACUGUCAGGAGGAGACUUCGGCCACCUGGCUGAUGGAAAUCGCGCUAAGGCUAGAGGGUUGGAAGGGUCUAGCCCUGUGUGUACGGAGAGGAGGGGAGAUACCACAACUGCAUAACAUGGUGGUAUUCUUCCCGAGGAGCGCAGAUAAAACCCACGAAUUCGUGCUUAAUCUGGUGGGAAACCAGAACAAUGGAUUAAGCACCUCCGCGUGGAAGGUCGUAGCAGGCAGCGUUGAGGGUUCAGUGUGGAACCUCAACAUGUCGAUAGACGAUGAAUCCUAUAAGUAUUAA